UCAUAAACAUUGAGCAUUUUCAAUUCACAAUUCAUCCAUAUAGAACUGCCUUUAAAGUCUCCGAGAUCAAAACUACAAAAUAUGGCCACGAUAAUAAAAAUGAUCUUUGUCUUCUGGCUAAUUGAGCACUUCCAUUUGGGCCAAGUGUAUCACAUCGAGGGUUCUGGUGUGGGCUUGGGGCACCUAAGGCCCGGGUCGUUCAAGCAGAAGAAACAAAGGAGUUGGGGCACGAAGGAGUUCCAGGAACAUGGCCCGUACCAGUGGCAGUCGCAAUCGGGCAUCUGUUCGGCCGAGAACGUUCACGAUGUGAGAUAUGAAAAGAGCGGUGGCUCCAAGAGUACCAAGAAAGUGGUCAAGGAUGAGGACGACGACGAGAAUGCCGAUCCUGCGGCCAUUGGCCAAGACGCAGGCAAACAGGAUGGCAAUGACAAGGUCUUUGUGGGCAGACUCUCCUGUUUGCUUAGUGCUCUCCAGAAGCACACCAAUGCCAUGACCGAUAACUUAAAGAUCCUGCAAUCGAGCUUGUGCAAGGUCAAGGGCAAGGUUAAGGACAAGGUCAAGGGCAAGGUCAAGGGCAAGAGCAAGGUCAAGGGCAAGAGCAAGGUCAAGGGCAAGGGCAAGGGCAAGGGCAAGGGCAAGGUCAAGUGCAAGGGCAAGGGUAAGUCCAAGGGCAAGUCCAAGGUCAAGGGCAAGGUCAAGGGCAAGUCCCCAGGCAGCACUUGCGGGAAAAGCAGCUUUAACCCCCUGCUCUCGGGACAUCCCAAGGCGAAGUGCUCACAGAAACCGAAGGCCGUUGCGGACCAAAAGCAUUGUGCUCUGGAUGGCACUGCCACCGAGGAGAGAUCGAAGGCAUUGGGCUCCAACACCGGUCUUGGCGAUCGACGAAAGCCCGUUUCCCCCCUUUUGCAACUCAUCCACGGUUCAGCCCAUCGACAAACGCACUUAAAGAACCGCCAAGACAUCACUUUUUCGGCGGAUAAAAAUCAGUUGCAGUACGAGGACUACGAUGCCAAAUUGAGGAAUCUGAUGGCCAAUCGGGAUGCUAUCGACAGGAACGUGGCGAAGCUGAUGGGCCCAAGGCAGAAGGAAAGCAUAUAACAUCUUAACUUUACUUUAAAACGUUACUAUACUCUAAAGGCGAUCAGACAAAGGUUUCGUAGUAAAGCGCAGUAGUAGCUGACCAAACAACUUACUAGUUGAAGAUCUCUUGAAAAGCAAGUGGUAUACAUUGUUUUCAAACUUUUAAGAAAAAAAUAGAUCCAAAAAACUCAAAAACAUGAAAUCAUGGUAGUAAAGCACACUCCUGUCAACUGAUUAACUCGACCUUGUUCAAUCGAGUUGUAUCGUAGUAAUCGCUCUGUCAAUUUAACCAAAAUGACUUCCAUGUCUCUGUUGAUAAUUAUUUACGUUUUUAUGGUGAUUGGCGGCAUCUGGAAUGCCGAAGGAAGAUACCGCUCCAAUAGACGGGACUUCUUCAAUUACGACGAUGGAAGAAGCGUCUUUGAUGAAAAGCCGGCUUACAAGAAUUUAGACGGGGACAAGUACUACGAGGAUUUGCAAUUCGGAAUCCACUGGCAACCGCAAUACGGCAAUGAUGAAGAUCCCAUGGAUGAGCCACUGGACGCCGAUGACUUGGAUCCAAUGGACCUGGACAAUGGCUUCAUCGGGAGGAAGAGAAGUGCGCAGCUCAAGUCUGGGCGAAAUCGGGCCAAAACCUGGUCCAUGUUGGCCAAGAAAAACGAAAGGAAUUGAGGCAAGCUAGACAGAUCGAUUUUGACGAGGAGACGAACAUCGUUAGCAUUAGGAAACCAAUAGUACUUAAACGCCAAUACACACAUUUCCCAAAAAAAUCUUGUAUUGUUUGGACGACCUUUUUCAUUUCUUUCGAUAAUUGUUUUCAUUGUUCACACAAAUACACUUUAACACCUCA